UUUACCUCCAAGCMGAAAUUGACUUGCCGCUAUCAAGAAGGAGAAAAAAAAACAUUUCCAUUGAUAAUUGAUAAGGCGGUCGGGAUUAAUGAUUAUAAUAAUUAUUACUGGGUAGCGUCUACGCCGCCUUGGCCUUGGCCUUCGACACUCGCAGUCCGUCGAACAAAAAUCAUCUUUAACAGACGACGUCGGUGGCACGGCUUUUGAAUGUGUCCCGUUCAAACGUAACGGGACAUAUCCAUUGGAGCGUCUAACGAUCGAAUCGUGUCGUGCAUUCAUCACCGUACAAUGUCGGAUCAUUCGUCACUAGUGGCAACGUUCAAAGAAAAACUGCGACCCAGAUACUAUGGCAAGUCCGGCGGAGCGAACAGUCGUUACAUCAAAGAGAACAUUUAUUUCAAYGGUAUAGCCCUGAAGGAGUCGCUGCUGUAUGACAACGAGUAUCAGGAUAMCCAGUCCCAYAAACGUAUGCUGAUCGGCCACAACAACAAGACCGCCUAUUAUCCGAACAACAACAAGUGUCUAGAGCUGGAAAAAGGCUGUUUCAUAUAUCAGAACCCUGCGAGCCAUUACGAAGACAACGAUUUYAUACACAAGUUCACCGACAUGUCUAUGGUUAAUGAGCACGGAGUGGUCAACAGCAACUAUACGCAUUCCUUAGACACCAAAACUUAUAAUAUGAAAAAAAAUGAMCGCGAAGAAAUUCGUAAACGAUUAGUAGAUGGUUAUCAUAACACAAGAAUGUCGACAAAAAAAUCAAGUUUAGAAUCUAGAUUACAAAAUGGUUCUAAUCUACAGCUAUGCUUUAUGAACGAACAAUCAUCAGAUACGGAGUUACCAAUUAAUAGCUGUGACAUCUCAGCUGAAGAUGAGAAGCUAAAAUCUGUUGCUGAACUUAAACAAGGUUUGAAUUUGGCAAAGAAUCGAGCACGAGCACAUAUGAUUUCAGAUCAGCGCAAUUGUGUAAUUUCAGCUGUAAUUAAAGAAAGUCUUUCAAAAGUUGGAGUGAAGUUAGACAAUGAUAGAAGACGUGUCAGUAGACAUUUUUUAAUGCGUCUGAACUUGGCACAAUUACAAGUUAUUGUUAAUGAUCUACAUUCUUACAUUGAAUACUUAAACGAAAGCCUUGUGAAUUUAUUACUAGAAAGAGAUGAAUUACACAUGGCAAAGGAUUCAAUGUUGGUUGACAUUGAAGAUUUAAAACAUGUUACUCGCAUGUCAUAUUAGUGGAAAAAACUACUUUAACAUUUUUGAACUAUUUGUAUUUUAAGAAUGUGUGUAACUUUAAAACAUUAGAACUGUAGUGUCGGAU